CCUCAGCAUGGUCGAAGUUGACGCGGUAUCUUAUCGCCGGUGUGAAGAUGCACAGCACGAAGGGCGGUUCCCCUGACGUCCAGAGGCCACGCGGAUGUCGUCGGCGGUGGUUGUGGUCGCUGUGGCAGCGCUGUGGCUGGGCGGCGCCCGGGGGAAGAAGUACGAGGCCAACUGGGCCAGCAUAGACUCCAGACCCACGCCGGAGUGGUUCGACGAGGCCAAGUUCGGCAUCUUCAUCCACUGGGGGGUGUACUCCGUCCCCAGCUACGGCAACGAGUGGUUCUGGCACCACUGGACCCAGCAAGACAAGGGCUACAAGGAGUUCGUGGACAAGAACUACCCGCCCGGCUUCACGUACCAGGACCUGGCCUCACAGUUCACGGCAGAGCUCUACGACCCGGACCAGUGGGCCGACAUCUUCGCCGCCUCAGGGGCCAAGUAUGUUGUACUGACUUCAAAACAUCACGAAGGUUUCGCACUUUAUCCUUCCAACUACUCCUUCAGUUGGAACGCCAAAGAUGUCGGACCCGGCCGUGACUUAAUCGGACCUCUGGCACAAGCAAUCCGCAAAAAGAAACACCUGAGAUUCGGGCUGUACCAUUCUUUGCUGGAGUGGUACAAUCCUCUGUACCUGAGGGAUAAGGCCAACAACUGGACCACACAGACUUUCGCCAAGCAGAAAGCUAUCCCGGAAUUGUAUGAGCUGGUGUCGCUGUACAGGCCCGAGGUGAUCUACUCGGACGGCGAGUGGGAGGCGCCCUCCUCCUACUGGGGCAGCACGGAGUUCCUGGCCUGGCUGUACAACGACAGUCCCGUCAAGUACUCGGUGGCCGUCAACGACCGCUGGGGGCAGGAGACCAUGUGCAAGCACGGCGGGUACCGCGACUGCAAGGACCACUUCAAUCCAGGAGUGCUACAGGAACACAAAUGGGAGUCAGCAGCUACCAUAGAUAAGCAGUCAUGGGGAUACAGACGCCGAGCAUCGCUCGAGUACUACGAGACUAUCGAGCAGUGUAUCACGUACUUGGUGAAGGCUGUCAGCUGCAAUGGCAACUUGCUGCUGAACAUCGGACCGACCAAGGAAGGAGCUAUACCGGUCAUAAUGGAGGAGAGACUGCGACAGAUGGGCUCUUGGCUCGGGGUCAACGGUGAGGCUAUUUACUCAACCAGACCAUGGGCUUACCAACAAGACAACGUUACUGGCGAUGCGUGGUACACGCGCAAGAAGGACAAGUCCGCAGUGUACGCCAUCUUCCUCAACUGGCCGACAGGCGGCGUGGGUCUGUUGGGCCAUCCACAGCUAACUGCCAACUCAACCAUAACCAUGCUCGGAUACGGCAGUCCGCUGAAGUGGAAUGUAACAGAUUCAACAGUGAGAGUUCAGUUCCCCGAUUUGGCUGAAGUGUAUCGCCCUGGUUGGGCUUGGACACUCAAGAUGACUGAAGUCGCCAACUAGUCAUUGGCCAUGUAGGAACAUGGCUUCUGUAUCAAUUGUAUUUAGAACUGGAAUAUAUUUGUAGAACAGUA